AUUCACUGUACAAUAUUCUAUGCAGACUAACUCAAGAUAAUCACAAACCUGGGUACAUCAAGAAGAGUGGAUAUUAAACAGUUCUUUGUCUUCGAAAUUUACAAUAAUGUCAAUUUUGACAGAGAAUCUUGUUUUUGAUCUAGUAGCCAUUGUGGUAACAAUCCUAGUGGGAAUUAUCGGAGUACUAAAAUGGCGUUUGACGUACUGGCAAAGAAGAGGUCUACAAACUCUAAAUCCCACCCUACCGUUUGGCGACACCCAAGAUUUUCUUCUUGGACGUAAAACAUUGGGUGAACAAUUUCAAGAAUUUUACAAAAUAUUCAAAUCGCAAGGGCAAAGACACGGUGGAAUUUAUUUAGGGCCGCGACCCUUCUACCUUGCAAUUGACCCAGAUAUCGUUAAGCAUAUCAUGCAGAAAGACUUUUCUCAUUUCAUGAAUCACGGCAAUUACAUAGACGAAGAUGCGGAUCCUCUAAGUGGACAUCUUUUCAAUUUGGAAGAUGCGAAAUGGAGAAACAUGAGAGUCAAAUUAACACCGACUUUUACUUCUGGUAAAAUGAAAAUGAUGUUUCAAACUUUAGCUGAUUGUACGGUAGGUUUGAAAGAUAUUAUGAAUGAAUCAGCUGUGAAUCAUAAACCAGUUGACAUCAAAGAUAUUUUGGCGCGUUUUACUACUGAUAUUAUAGGUUCAGUUGCAUUUGGUUUAGAAUGCAACAGUCUUAAAAACCCAAAUGCCGAAUUUAGGAAAUAUGGCAGAAAAGUGUUCGAAGUUAGUCUAUUAGACAGGCUUAAAGUAAUUUUGAUUUUUACUCUGCCUCAUGCAAUUUUACGAGCAUUUAGGUUCAAAUUCACGAAAAAUGAUGUCGAAAAGUUUUUCAUGAACGCGAUCCGCGACACCGUCUCCUACAGAGAAAAGAACAACAUUUACAGAAAAGACUUUAUGCAUUUACUUUUGCAAUUGAAAAACAGAGGAACCGUGGCAGAUGAUGAGAAAAUAACUGACGAACAUGGGAAGACCCAAGAGAAAGCGUUGACUAUGAACGAACUCUCUGCUCAAGCUUUUGUUUUCUUCUUAGCCGGAUUUGAAACUUCGUCUACAACAAUGACUUUUGCAUUAUAUGAACUCGCAAGUAACCCAGAAGUACAGGAAAAACUGAGGGAAGAGAUCAAUACCGUUAUGGAAAAUCACAACGGAAAAUUAACAUAUGACGCCGUGAUGGAAAUGACUUACAUGGAAAAUGUGUUACACGAAACUUUACGUAAAUACCCUCCAGUAGCACUUUUGACAAGGAAAUGCAACAAGGAUUACAGAGUUCCAAAGUCAGAUAUACGAUUGGAAAAAGGGAUUGGGGUUGGAAUUCCAGUUUUGGCUCUCCACAUGGACCCCGAGUAUUAUCCAAAUCCAGAGAAGUUUGACCCAGAAAGAUUUUCCGAGGAAAAUAAAAACUCCAGACCAGCUUUUACUUGGCUUCCUUUUGGUGAAGGACCUAGGCUCUGUAUUGGUUUGCGAUUUGGAAUGUUACAAAGUAAAGUUGGAUUGGCUGCUCUUUUGAAAAAUUACAAAAUUACAUUGAGCCCCAAGACUAAAGUUCCAAUGAAAUUAGAUCCGACGUCCUUCAUCACAUCCGCAGAAGGUGGCGUAUGGUUGGAUGUUCAGAAAUUAAAUUAGUGAAACAAAGAAUGAACGACAAAUUUUGUAUUUUCAUUGUCUUGUUUAACAUAUUUAUGUUAUGCUGUUCUUGGAAUGAUACGUUUUUAUUAUCUACUAAAAUUCUCACGUUAAGAAACAAUAAAUAAAUACAAUUAUUA